AUGUUGUCGAUCAAGGACCUGGGGCGCGUCAGCCGAUUCCUGGGCAUGCGCGUGACGCACAACGGUCAGAAUGGGUACACGCUCGAUCAGGAGGAGGCCAUCAGAGACCUCCUACACGACAACGGACGCGCUGACGCCAACUCGACGUGGACGCCGAUCGACGACAGCUGCUAUGAGUUGGAGGAGGGCUACGCGGAGCUUCUUGGGACGCCAAGCGGGCAAACACGACCUACUGUGCGCCAGUUCCGGUCGCUGGUCGGCUCGCUGCUCUGGGUGGCGCGUUGCACGCGCCCUGACAUAGCGUUUGCGGUGCACAAGGUCACGAGACGAGCACACGCACCUAGACUAGCAGACUGGAAGUUGGCUAAACGCGUCGUGCGAUACCUCAAGAGUACGGCGGAGCUCAAGGUCACGAUGAUCCCAGAAGACAAUCUAGGUGCGGCGAUGCGACUAGAAGCGUUCAGCGAAGCCAACUUUGCCGCCGACAAGACGGACCGGAAGUCAAUGACGGCCGGCAUCGUGAUGCUGAACGGGAUGGCCGUCAGCUGGGGUGCGUGA